AUGUGCUACUACUGCUGCUGCCGCCAGCAGUUUGUGGUCAUACUGGUCUGCCUGCUGUACAUACUGCUCGUGCUCAUCUUCUUCAUCAAUGUGUUUCUCGCCGAUCGCAAUAUGCACACAAAUCUAAUGCGCGCGGGCAAUCCAAUGGUGGGUGGCGGCGGCAGCGGCGAUGGUGGCGGUGGCGGCGGCGGCGGCAUUGCGGGUAUACAUCCUGGCAUGCAUCCGGGACACCGUAAUCCGUACGAUAUGCAUGGCUAUCAUCAUUACAACAAUUAUCAUCCGCAAGUGGAUCCCAAGCAGCAGCAGCAGGCGACACGAAAGACUCCCCAACAGCAGCAGGCGGAACAGGACAUUUACUAUUAUUUCAACCACGUUUUUAGGCGGCGCUGAAAUAUACCCCCUCCCCACACACACAUACAACCACACACACAAACAAAUAUAUAUAUAUAUAUAUAUAUAGAGUAUAUAUAUAGUCGACAGGCCAAUAUGUAAAGAAAAAAAAAACAGAAUGAAAACGAAACAAGAAAAAAGUGAAGCAAACAAAUGUAAAAUUAAUAGCAUAGAGAAUAAUGUGAAAAAAACGAAACAUGAAACAAGAAGAACCAUAAGCCAUUUAUAAGAAUAUUCCCAAUAUAUACCAUAUACAAUAAUAAUACAACAAUUAUAAUAAACAAGCCACGACAACAACAACAACAAAAAACAGAAACAAAUUGAUAGCAACAAGAUUUUGUAAUUUUACAUGAACUCUGAAUGAAAAGCAAAUAGAUUUUCCAAUUAAGCGACCAAAAGCUAACCCAGCCAAAA